CCGCCCCUCUCUCCCUCAUUCGGCGGAGGGGAUUUACGCAGCAAAACGAGUACGGCGCGGGUCUCCCCGGGCAGUCCGUUCGCAGCAGCAGGCCAGCGGCGACAAACACGGCAGGACGACGAGGAGUCGACGGGGCUGUAGAGUGACACCGCCGCACCACCCUGACUGGAUAGCGUGACCGCGCCGGGGAAGAGGACACCCGUCCAGGAUAGAGCUCUUGUUGUCCGGGCGCACACUCUGCUAGAGCACACAUCCUGCUGGAGAAUAUCGCCGCAGAAGGAGUCGCUGGAGAAGCAGCCGCGGGUUGAGAUCAUACUGCGGGGGGAAUGCAGCAGCAGGAGGCCUAAUCACACCAGCCACCAACGCCCGGCCCGGCUCGGCAACAUGGGCCGCUUGACUUGCAUCCUGGCGAUGGCCGCCCUGGCCCCCAUCCUGAUCGCGGGGGCGCAGCGCACGACGUACGGCGACAGACUCCGGGCCACGACCAGGACGCCGUUCACGCCGCGCCCAGGACUUUACUCGGCGCGUCCUCUCCAGCACGUGUCCAACGACCUGCCCGAGCAGCAGGGCGGUCCGGCCUCCUCUGCGGACGAGGAGGUGGACGUCGACGUGGACGGCUUUACGCUGACGGACACGCAGCGCCAGCCCGCCCGCACAAAGCCCAAGGUGGACCAGCGCGGCAGUCUCUACCGCCGGCAGAGGCCGACGACAUCCACUACGACGACAGCUCCGGAUGACAACGACGAGCUCGACCAGCGGCACCUCCAGGCCGACGAUCACCGGGACCCCUGCCGGCUGUCGCCCAACAGCUACCUGUGUGUGGCCUCGGUCAGGAGACGGCCUCAGCGGGGCCAGCAGCGGCACAGAGGUGCUCCCGUGGAGAAGGCGUCGACGACCACCACCACUACUACGACCACCACGACGGAGGCACCCCGGACGACGACGCGGCGCGCGCUGCCAGUGACAAUGGCCAGGCUGGGGAAGCCCAAGCAGCCCACCGUCAUCUACUCAAAUUUCUUUUUACCGGAAAAUGACAGAACAGUUUCUCCUGUUGAACCACAAAGGCAGUUCGAGGAUGUCGUCAUCACCCCCAAGUCAAGAAAGUCCGCCUCUUCACCAGUCCUUGACACCCGGUCGACGGUUCCGACGACACAGAGGCCCUUCUCAGGACUCUCAGACACUACGUCGGCAAUGGGUUUGGAUGAAAACGCCUCAUUUGAGGACGAGGCCAUCCUCUUCCCCUCCACGAUGUUUGCCGACGACGUUCCCACGACCACCACCAGCCGCCCGGCGUUCACCGCCAGCCGCAGGCCAGUCAUGGCCUUGCCUCCGACACGGCCUCGGCCUGACCUCGCGGAUCCAGAGCGGAGUAUCUGUGAUGACCCGGCCCAUAUGUUUCUCUGCGAGCGACCAGCAAGUAAGCAGCAGAGGCCUCGGCAGAGCGUGGAGUACUCCCGCCGGCCCACCGGCCUCACCAGCUCGGCGGGCCGCACCAGGACGACCUUGCUGGCGGCUGACCCUGACAGCGAUGGCCACGGCCUCGACUUCGACUACGCAAGGCCAGAACAGCCGUCAUCGCUGCUGCCCACUAUCUCAUCACGAUCCGAGUUGCGGGAUGACGACGCCGAUCGAUACGAGCCGCAGAAUUCUGAGGGCGUCGUCACUGAAUCAUACCUUAACUACAACCCCAUACCUGAUGUAAUGCCGGAUGAUCCAAAGGUUGACCCCGCCGUCGGCGACUAUCGUUACCCGAACCCAAUGUUUGCUUUCCGCCAGGGCAGCCGACCUGAGACCACCGCGUUUAGCUUGCCAAUGCGCUCUCAGCCGUAUGGAAGCCUCCAGCAGGACACGCUACGCGGUCUGGGGCCAGCCAAGUUCCCCCAGUUCGCCAAAUCCGAGGAGAUCCUUUCGAAGGGCACGCUCGCCGACGACGACCAGAGCGUGAUGGGCUCGAGCGACCAGCCGUACGCCGUCAGAUAUCACAGUGGGCUAGUGGUACGAGCGCCGCAGUCAGCACCUUACGCCGGCACCCAGCACCAGCCGACCCAUAGUGUGGUCGUCAGCAUACCGCAGCCCGCGACGCAGGUGCCGCAGCAGGUGCCACAACAGGUGCCGCAGCUAGUGCCGCAGAUCAUGCCCCAGGGCCUGGCGUACACGGUGCAGCCCAGCAUGGAGACCCUCGUGGCGGCGGUGGCCCAGCGGCAGCGGGAGGAGGAGCACAACAACUUCGCGGCGCACGCCAUCCUGACGGCGCUCCACAUGCAGGCGGACGCCAUGCGCGCCCAAGGCGCCGUACCGGACACUCUGAUCAACAGCAAACCAGAGACAGGCUCGGAGGCGACAGAGAGACCCGUAAAAGGCUCGAAGAAGAACAAGAAGAAAACAAACAAACAUCGGAGCAAGCCCAAGCUCGAGGAGCAGGACCUCGACAUCGUCGGGGUCGGGGAGUCAGAUUUUGAUACGCGGCCCUUCCGCGAGUCCUUGGAUAUACCCCACGGCCACCGCAGGCCGUCGGACGUGCUACUGGUGGAGCCUCCACGGGGCUCCGUCAUCCUCAUGGACAGCCGGGCGCCGCUAAUGUACCGCGGACCGCCGCGCCCCAAGCACCGCCCCGUCGUCUACCACCGGCACAAGCGCCAGGACUCGAACGGGUACAUCUACCCGAGGCCCACCGAGGGCGGCGCCGUGGCGCCCGGCAGCGUGCCCGCCGACGACGACGAGGGCUACGACUACCCGAAGCCGGGAAGAGCGGCCACCCCUAAGCACGAGACCGCGCUGCAGGAGGGCCCCCUGGCGAGGCUCACUACACUGCAGGAGCGGCUGGCGGCGGCCGAGGGGCAGCUCCGGGAGCGGCAGCCGGUGGCGGGGGCGGGUACGCCGUUGGUUCACAGCGGACCCCAGCGGAACCGGCUACACUACAUCAUUCAGUGCAGCCCGGAGGAGGCCGAGGCGCUGCGCCGCCUGGACGCGCCCGCGCGCCGGGCCAAGAGGUACGCGCCGCCGCCCUGCCCCACCUCGGUGCAGUACGUGGUGCAGGGGCUGGGCGCGGACCCGACGCCGCCUGAACAGCAGCGCCGCGGCCGGCGCGCCACGCCGCCGCCCUACGCCACCUGGGCGCCGUACGUCAUCCAGGGCGCGCCGCCCGAGCCGCCGCCCGAGCCGCAGCCGCGCAGGGAGAAGAAGGCCGCGCCGCCGCCGUACGCCACCCUGGCGCCCUUUGUCAUCCACGGCGGUCUCGGCGGCCAGAGCAGCCCGGAGCAGCAGGACGAGAGGCGGCCGGGCAAGCGCAUGACGCCGCCGCCGCAGCCCAGCCUGGCGCCCUUCGUCAUCCACGGGCCGCUCCCGCGCGCGCCGCUCUCCUGUCUCUGGACGCGGCAGGCCGAUGACGACCCGGACCCCCGCCGCCCCGCCACCCCAGGGUCCGUCUUCGCCUCCGCGCGGGCCGACGCCGGCACGGACGCGGUGGCCAUCGGCGGCGCCCGGCCCAAGACGGCCCUGCCCCUCGGGAGAAAGAAGGCGCGCCACCAGAACGACGCCGACGACAAGGAGAACAACAGCGACGACGACGUGGACGUCGAGGGUGCGGCGAGAAACGACCGCCCGCAACAGCCGACCAGAUCGCGGAAGAAAAGGGGAAACGGGGAGAGGGAAAGGCCAAGCUAGAGGCCUAGCUAGAAUAAUAAAAGAUAAGAAC